AUGACAAAUGAGCUGCUAGAGUAGAACAUCUGCAUUUUUGUUAAGAACAAACUGAAGAAGUUCCACCAGGUUCUGAGUACAGAUGAAUGCUUAGAGAGUCUGAAGGAUGAAGAGCAGAGGAGGAGCUCAGAGGCUUUUCUGAAGAUCACACUGAACUUCCUGAAUAGGAUGAAGCAGGAGGAGCUGGCUGAGCGUCUGCGCACCAGAAGUCAGUCUGGAGUUCAUCAACAUGAACUGAAACAUAACCUGAAGCAGAAGUUUCAGUGUGUGUUUGAGGGCAUCACUAAAGCAGGACACCCCAAAAUCCUCCUGAACCAGAUCUACACAGAGCUUUACAUCACAGAGGGAGGGGCUACAGAGGUCAACCAGGAACAUGAGAUCAGACAGAUUGAAACAGCAUCCAGGAAACCACACAGACCAGAAAUAACCAUCACAUGUGAAGACAUCUUUAAAACACCACCUGACAGAGAUGGACCAAUCAGAACAGUGCUGACAAAGGGCGUGGCCGGCAUUGGGAAAACAGUCUUAACACAGAAGUUCAGUCUGGACUGGGCUGAAGACAAAGCCAACCAGGACAUCCACUUCAUAUUUCCAUUCACCUUCAGAGAGCUGAAUGUGCUGAAACAGAAGAAGUUCAGCUUGGUGGAACUCAUUCAUCACUUCUUCACUGAAACCAAAGAAGCAGGAAUCUGGAUCUUUGAAGACCUCCAGGUGGUGUUCAUCUUAGACGGUCUGGAUGAGUGUCGACCUCCUCUGGACUUCAAUAACACUCAGAUCCUGACUGAUGUUACAGAGUCCACCUCAGUGGAUGUGCUGCUGAUGAACCUCAUCAGGGGGAACCUGCUUCCCUCUGCUCGCCUCUGGAUAACCACACGACCUGCAGCAGCCAAUCAGAUCCCUGCUCAGUGUGUUGACAUGGUGACAGAGGUCAGAGGGUUCAAGGACCCACAGAAGGAGGAGUACUUCAGGAAGAGGUUCACAGAUGAAGAACAGACCAACACAAUCAUCUCCCACAUCAAGACAUCACAAAGCCUCCAUAUCAUGUGUCACAUCCCAGUCUUCUGCUGGAUCACUGCUACAGUUCUGGAGGACGUGUUGAAGACCACAGAGGGAGGACAACUGCCCAAGACCCUGACUGAGAUGUACAUCCACUUCCUGGUGGCUCAGGCCAAAGUCAAGAACAUCAAGUAUGAUGGAAGAUCUGAGACAGAUCCACACUGGAGUCCAGAAACCAGGAAGAUGAUUGAGUCUCUGGGAAAACUGGCCUUUGAGCAGCUGAAGAAAGGAAACCUGAUCUUCUAUGAAUCAGACCUGACAGAGUGUGGCAUCGAUAUCAGCUCAGCCUCAGUGUACUCAGAAGUGUUCACAGAGGUCUUUAAAGAGGAGAGAGGACUGUACCAGGACAAGGGGUUCUGCUUCAUCCAUCUGAGUGUCCAGGAGUUUCUGGCUGCUCUUCAUGUCCAUCAGACCUUCAUCAACACUGGAGUCAAUCUACUGUCAGGACAAACAUCUUUUUGGUCCAAACUAUCCAUGGACAAAUCUGUCCAGUUCUACCAGACCGCUGUGGACCAGGCCUUACAGAGUCCAAAUGGACACCUGGACCUGUUCCUCCGUUUCCUCCUGGGUUUAUCUCUGCAGACCAAUCACAGUCUCAUACAAAGUCUGUUGAAACCAACAAGAAGCAGCUUAGAGACUAAUCAGAAAACUGUUGAGUACAUCAAGAAGAAGAUCAGUGAGAAUGUGUCUGCAGAGAGAAGCAUCAACCUGUUCCACUGUCUGAAUGAACUGGAGGAUGGAUCUCUGGUGGAUCAGAUCCAACAGUACCUGAGCUCAGGAUUUCUCUCCACAGAACAACUGUCUCCUGCUCAGUGGUCAGCUCUGGCCUUCAUCUUACUGUCAUCAGAAAAAGAUCUGGAUGUGUUUGAUCUGAACAAAUACUCUGGUUCAGAGGAGGUUCUUCUGAGGCUGCUGCCAGUGGUCAAAGCCUCCAACAAAGCUCUACUCAGUGGCUGUAACCUGUCAGAGAGAAGCUGUGAAGCUCUGUCCUCAGUUCUCAGAUCCCAGUCCUGUAGUCUGACACAUUUGGAUCUGAGUGACAAUGACCUGAAGGAUUCAGGAGUGAAGAUCCUGUCAGAUGGACUGAAGAGUCCAGGAUGCAGACUGGACACUCUCAGAUUGUCAGGAUGUCUGAUCACAGAGGAAGGAUGUUCUUCUCUGGUCUCAGCCCUAAAGUCCAAGCCGUCCCAUCUCAGACAGUUAGACCUGAGCUAUAAUCAUCCAGGAGACUCAGGACAGGAGCUGUCUGCUCUGGUGGAGGAUCCGCACUGCAGACUGGACACUCUCAGACUCAGUGGCUGUAACCUGUCAGAGAGAAGCUGUGAAGCUCUGUCCUCAGUUCUCAGAUCCCAGUCCUGUAGUCUGACACAUUUGGAUCUGAGUGACAAUGUGAAGGAUUCAGGAGUGAAGAUCCUGUCAGAUGGACUGAAGAGUCCAGGAUGCAGACUGGACACUCUCAGAUUGUCAGGAUGUCUGAUCACAGAGGAAGGAUGUUCUUCUCUGGUCUCAGCCCUAAAGUCCAAGCCGUCCCAUCUCAGACAGUUAGACCUGAGCUAUAAUCAUCCAGGAGACUCAGGACAGGAGCUGUCUGCUCUGGUGGAGGAUCCGCACUGCAGACUGGACACUCUCAGGUUGGAGCCUGGUGGAGACCGAUGGUUGAUACCGAGGAGAUAUUUCUGUGAACUCACCCUGGAUCCAAACACAGCGAACAGAAAACUCAAACUGUCUGAAAACAACAAGAAGGUGGAACGAGUGGAGAAGUUUCAGUCAUAUCCUGAUCAUCAGGACAGAUUUGAUUAUGAGGCUCAGCUGAUGUGUUCAACUGGUCUGACUGGUCACUGUUACUGGGAAGUCGAGUGGAGUGGAUACGUUAAUAUAUCAGUGACUUACAAAGGAAUCAGAAGGAAAGGAAUCAGUGAGGACUGUUGGUUUGGAUGGAAUGAUCAGUCCUGGAGUCUGGAGUGUUAUAAAGGUGGAUACAGUGUCUGGCACGAUAGCAAAUGCACAGACCUCUGUCAGUCCUCCUCCUCCUUCUCCUCCCCGUCCUCCUCUUUCUCUGGUAGAGUAUUAGUGUAUGUGGACUGUCCUGCUGGAUCUGUGUCCUUCUACAGAGUCUCCUCUGACAAACUGAUCCACCUCUACACCUUCAACACCACAUUCACUGAACCACUGUUUGCUGGAUUUAGACUCAGGUUAUUAGGAUCGUCAGUGUGUUUGUGUGAUGUGUAGUUUUGUUGUGUGUUUGUCUACAUGUGUCAUGUACAUUUAUUAAAUCUAUCUGAUUUUGAUGGUAGAUCUGAGCAUCUGUUCAAGUCUACAUUUGCGUCUGAUUGAAGUCAUUAAAAAGCCGAUCCCUUGGAGAAUCUAUGGGUGAAUAUCACACACCACAAACACAACCAGAUGAAAACCACAGAAAUCAUAAUCAGUGUAGUGUCGGAUUUUAUGAUUUAGUUCUGAUUUUGUUCACAUUAAAGCCAACCAAUGCAAUCUGAGUUUUUAUUCAACCUGACUAAAAUAGUGUCAAAGACAAUAGUGUUGACAACCAAUGAAAGGAGACUGGAACAUUUUUGCUCUUUUCAUUGUCAUCCAUUAUUUGUCCUCACUCAGUCCUGACAGUCAUAACUCCUGUUACGCCCCGGCCUAGGGGUUUACCAGGGCAAACAUAAUGUGCUCAACUUUGUCCCCUCCCAGCUCCCAAGCACACACGUCAGUCAAAAACUAAAGUUUACAAUAUUUAUUACAAUUAUUUUUUUCUAAACAACUAAGGAAGGGUUAGGGGAGGGAGCGGCUAAAACAACAAACAAAAUAUCUUCUGUCAAGUUUAAACAAACUUACCUACUUAAAAUAAAUGCAAGAAAUAAAAUACAGAAAACUAACCAAAUUUCCUAACCAAAAAACAGGAGAAAACGGGAAAACAAAAGAGCCGACCUCCCCUACCUGAAAAAGGUUCAAUUUACAACCAAAAACUAUUUACAACUAUAUACAAUUGAAUGGUUACACGAGCACAUGAAGACUGACCGUCACACACAUGAACACAGGGUUGGAAGCUGGCAGGAGGCAAGAGAGAGGACGGAUGGAAGCUCCAGAGCCAUUUUUAAAGGGGCCAGGCAAUCACCUUCCACCAAUCCAGUUCCUGCAACAAACAGACACAAAAGGGGCACAGCACACCUACAGGACGGGGGAGAAUACACACACUAAACAGAAAACAUAUAUACAUAUACAGAUAAAUAGACAACUUAUGACCCAGGGUCAUAACACUCCCAUCACCAAAAACUUCAGCCCUUUCACAACAAACAUUCAUUCAAGUCAUUGAACAGAUGCUCAUAUGAUCUGAUUGAGACUGAAAACCUCUGUGUUUAUACAUGUAUAUACAGGGUGACACAAAAAAACGGGAACUUUUUAACAAUCCAAUAAAACCAAGAGUGAUGGAAGAAAAAUAUUUUAUUCAUAGUAAUUGAAACCUUAAAAC